UUGUCAGUAGAUGGCGCAAGUGCUAAUGCACGCGAGGAGUUUCCAACCUAUACAGAUUAAAUAAUUUAUGUUGUAAUUUAUAAUAGUGGAAUAAAAAAAUAAUGAAAUAGAUGCGAUGUUUUUACUUUAGUUGCUUAUACGAAGAUAUUUAAACAAAAUGCCUCGAUUACCGUUGCAUCCAUCAUCUGGGACUGGUAUUCAUACACGUUUUCCUAAGUGUAUACGAUUUGUUCGUUACGGGUGUGCUAAUAGACCAUUUUACCACAUUGUUGUUAUGAAUGUAAAACAUGGGCAGCAUAAGCCUCCAAUAGAACAGUUGGGUAGUUAUGAUCCUCUUCCAAAUAAAUAUAACGAAAGAAUAACUGCUUUGAAUCUUGAACGUAUACAAUAUUGGGUGGGAAUGGGAGCAGAAGUAUCAAGACCAUUAGCUCGAUUAUUAGGAAUUGCCGGAUUCUUUCCAAUACAUCCAACUACUUAUCUUCAAGCAUGGAGAAAUCGAAGGAAAGCAUCUGCAGAAUCUGAUAUGAUCAAAAAUGCAGUAGCAGAAUCUGAAGGCUAACCUGUAUAGACAAUUUUAUUUAUAUUUAACUACUAGUUUGUAGAGAAUGUAUGCAUUUAAAUAAAAUUUGUACAAAAUGUAAAAACAAAAUAA